AAAAAUAGAGCAACUUGACCCCAUUCAUCCGUCGAACACACUGCACCUGUUAGUAUUAUAGCAACAGUAUUUCAGUACCAGUGCUCAAUCUAGGCAAAAGCCCGCAAGCGCACAGUUAACAACACGCUACACGCCUACACCAGCAUCGCUUGCUGAGUACACUUGAGCGACACUGUGUGAGCUGUGGUUGAAUAGUUGAGAAAAAAAAACUCAAAAAGAAAAGGCUACGCCUCUAGCUCGAGUGGGGAGAGAGAGAGUGAGAGACGAGACGGGGAGGCAAAGGCACCACGAGCCACUCUAGAGACGCCUCCUCCGUUUGUUCGAGCUGCCUGGGCGGGAAAGAGAAAGCGAGACCGAGACCGCAGGGAUUGAAAAAAGAGGGUGCAAAAGCAAGGCUCGGAUUCUUGCGGGGCGAGCGACUCGUUUCUCGUCUCUGCGCUGCGAGCGAGGCUCCUGCUCCUCGCGGUCUCGCUUCCCUCCAAGUUCCAAUCCAGCACCGGGCGCCACCGCUAAUCAGGUACGGCGGUUCUUCCUGUUGCCUCUGCAUCUCUCUCGUGGGGUGGGUCCGGGGGCAAUGCCGGGUGCUGUUCUUGCGCCUUGUACUCGCGUCCCCGCCGAUUUCUGUCCACCAACACCAACAGGGGAAAGGGGACAGGAGCAGUAGCGCUUCCGGACCCGUUGGAAGUAAAAACCGAAGCUUUAAUUUUUUUUGUCUGGCGUUCCACGCGGUUCUUGUGACGGUUGCCAUUCCCUACUGGCUGGGCUGUGGUCGCAGUGCUGAUAUAUGAACCCCGCAUUUGGACAUUUGGUGGUGGCAAGGCAACGCCAACCUUCCCUGUUGCUGCUUUGAAUGUUCUGGUGGUUGUCGGAUGGAUCGCCGCAGUUGGCUCUGGAAGCGCAAGUCAUUGGAUAAGAGCCCUGGGGAGAGCGAUAGCUCUGGCUCUGCUUCAUCACACUCUGAGCCUUCCUUCGAUGAUCAGGAACCUAAACCUGUGUCUAGUAAUUCUUCUCCAAAUCAUAGUCAUUCGCCUGAUGUUUCUUCUAGAAUAAUUUAUAAUGAGAAUCAAGAAGCUGAAAGAGCAGAAUCAUUGAAUGAGAAGCUGGUGUUAGCAACUAGCUCGAAUGAUUCUUCUCCACAACAUGAUCAAUCGAUGAAGCCAGAUAUAUACCAAUCACCUCUGCUAUUCCCAAAUAUCAGGAAUGAUGAUGUUCCAGAUUCUGUAAAGAAUUUGAAUGAGAAGGUGUCCCCAAAGUUUAAGGUCGAUGAUGUCCAGGAUUCUGUAAAGAGUUUGAAUGAGAAACUUUCUGCUGCCCUUUUGACUAUCAAUGAUAAAGAUGACUUGGUAAAGCAGCACACUAGAGUUGCAGAAGAGGCUGUUGCAGGUUGGGAACAAGCUGAAGCUGAAGUUGCUUCUCUGAAGCAACUACUUGAAACUGCAUCAAAGAAGAAUACCUCUCUGGAGGAUCAGGUCAGCCACCUAGAUGACGCCCUUAAAGAAUGUGUAAGGCAGCUUCGCCAAGCACGUGAAGAACAAGAGAAUAAAAUCCAUGAGACAGUUGCUAAGAAGUCUAAAGAAUUGGAGUCUGAGAAGUUUGAGCUCCAGCACCAUAUUGCUGAACUCAGUAAGCAGUUGCAAGCCACGAAACUAGAAGCUACUACGGUGCGUGUCCAGCGUGAUCUGCAGGAAAAGCUUCAGAUAGUGGAGAAAGAAAACAAAGACCUCAAGGUAGAAUUACUCGCACUGUCCAAGGACCUGAAGAUACUUGCACGGGAAAGAGACCUGAGCAACCAAGCAGCAGAAACAGCAAGCAAACUUCACCUGGAAAGUGUGAAAAAGAUAACAAGAGUUGAGGCAGAAUGCCUUAAGUUGCGUCAUUUAACGCGGCGUACGUCCUUGACCAAUGAUUCAAGGCUGAUAACUAACAGUGCUUGCAUGGAAUCUCAGACUGACAGUCAGUCUGACAGUGGGGAGCACAUGCUAGUUGAUGAGAUGAAAAAUUCUGAUUCAUGGGCAACAGCUCUGAUAGCUGAACUUGAUCAGUUCAAGAAUGCCAACAACGACACAAGAAAUCUUGUGAAUAAUUCGGUUGAAAUUGACCUGAUGGAUGAUUUCCUCGAGAUGGAAAAGCUGGCUGCACUGCCUGAAGUAGACUGUGUAAGCUCUAGCUUUGGAGCUGAAACUGAUUCUGACCAAGGUGUGAGUAGAGAUAAAUCAUCAAAAGUUAAAACUGAACCAUUGCAGUGUCAGGUGACAGAUUUGCACGCAAAGAUCGAGAAGAUUGAAGGUGAGAAAAGGGAGCUUGAAAUGGCCCUUGCAGAUGCCAGAGUUCAGCUUGGCACAUCAUGUGAUGCUCUAAUGGUGGCCAACAACAGGUUGAUUGAUUUGCAGAUGCAGUUGGACUUGGCAAAUGAGUCCAAACAUGCUGCUUUCGGAGAAGCUGAGCGACUGAAUGGUGAGAGGAAAGAUUUGGCAUUGCAACUGGAGUCCAGGUCUUCACAAGUUGAUGAGCUUCAGCUGAUGGUGGCAUCGCUGGAAAAGAAUGUAGACAGGAAGGUGUUGGAAUUGCAGUUAGAGUUAGUUUCUGUGGAGGCUGCAGAUCUGCGCAAGACAGUGGCUUCCCUGGAAGAGAAGAUUGAUGCAGAGAUAACUCUCUCUAUGCAGCACAAAACAAAUGCAGACCUGGCAGAGGCGUCCAAAGAAUCAUUAGAGGCGCAGCUGCAGUCUGCAAACACAGAGAUAGGGAAACUGAACGGGAUUGUGCAAACUUUAGAGAAUGAGGUGAGGAAAGAGACAGAUUCUCGUGAAGAACUACUGAAACAGAUAGAGGCUAUGAAAAUUGAGUCAGAGAGAUCACUAUCUGUGGUGUCUACCAAAGAGUCAUUAGAGGUGCAGCUCCAGGUGGCGAAUUCAGAAGUUGCAAAGUUGCGUGGGAUGGUGAAUGCUCUGGAGUGUGAUGCGGCGAACGAGAAGGCAUAUUCUUCAGAUCUCCAGAUGCAACUUGAGGCAGUGGAAGGUAUCAGGAAGGUGUUGGAAUCUGAGCUUGAGUCUUCACACCAGGAGGUGAUGAGGCUGAAGGAGAAAGUUUCGUCCUUGGAAGCAAGGAUCAAGGACCAGACCUCGUUGCUUGUAGAAUAUACAGCUAAAUCAGAGGAUGCAGUGUCCCGGAAAAAGGCAAUGGAGGGUCAACUAGAAGCAGCAAAUCUGGAAGUUACAAAACUGAGAAACAAGGUGAGCCUGAUACAAGGCAAGGUGGAGCAGGAGAAGCUUCUGUCAGAAGAGUACGAAGCAAAAUGCCGCAAGCUGGAGGCGCAGGUGUUGAGGGACAGCCGAGAGGCGAAACUUUGGCGCCUCACGAACUCAAACGGAGACCUGAAGGUGAAGCAGGAGAAAGAACUAGUCAGUGCUGCCGGGAAGCUUGCGGAGUGCCAGAAGACUAUUGCUAACCUUGGCCGCCAGCUGAAAUCGCUAACAGAUCUUGAUGGCGUGGUGGCCGAUCCUGAAAAGCUGGAAUCGAGGGACACGCACCUGGACUUCAGAGAUGGCGGAGACGUGGCUGAUGGACUGUAUGAACUGGGUCUUCCUAAGAGGAACGGUAGCUGCCUCUCACCCCUUCGGUCGGAUCCGUCGCCGAGGGGUUUGCCGUCCCUUAGUAGCUACCUGAGCAAAACAAAAAGGUGAAAAGUCUGAUGGGAUCAUUCACCAUUGUGCUUGUGCAUAAAUUAUUUGACAGUCUAUGGAUGAUGCCAGUUGUGACCUGGUGGUAGAUCGGUGUACAUUUACAGAACUUGAUGGUUGCUCACAUGUGUACUUUCUCCUUUUGUUUUGCUCUCAUUUUGCGAGACUGCAGGGUUUGUGACAAAUUUACUAGAUCUUGUGAGA